GGCGAUAGCGGCGAGAGCAACGGAGCCCAUUCAUGAUCCAGCGAACGGCGCCGGUGGCGAGUAAAGCGGAACCGGUGCCCCGCAAAGCGGCGCCGGUCCCGCCGUCAUGGAGACAUCGGGGCAUCUCCACGAUUCGGGCGUGGGGGACUUGGAGGAGGACGGUCGGUGUCCCUGCCCGUUACCGGGGGAUGAACGGUCACCGCCGCCGCCCUCCGCGCUGCCGCCGCUCCAGCACAGCCUGUUGCACUCCUCGCCCGGGUCGCUACGGGCCCCUCCUCCUCCUCCCGCCGCCCCCGCCGCCCUCCACCCUUCCUCCCGCCACGGCAGCCAGCUCAACCUCGGCGACCACCCCGCGGGCUCCGGGGUGCCGAGCGGCAAGCACCGGCAGCCCAGCCCUCUGGUUCACCGGCGGGACAGCAACCCCUUCACCGAGAUCGCCAUGAGCUCCUGCAAGUACAGCGGCGGCGUGAUGAAGCCCCUCAGCCGGCUCAGCGCAUCCCGACGGAACCUCAUCGAGGCCGAGCCGGAGGCGCAGCCCCUGCAGCUCUUCGGUGCCGGCGAACCCCCCGAAAUUGUCGUCUCACGAGAGGACAACCAUGCGCCCGCCGCCCACCGUCCCAGCCGCCCGCCCGCCCGCCCGGCCCCCAGCACCUUUGCCAAGGGGCCCAAGCGCAAGGCACAGAACAUUGGGUACCGCCUCGGGCACCGCCGGGCACUGUUCGAGAAGAGGAAGCGCCUCAGCGACUACGCGCUCAUCUUCGGCAUGUUUGGCAUUGUCGUCAUGGUCAUUGAGACCGAGCUCUCCUGGGGGCUCUACUCCAAGGACUCCAUGUUCUCCCUGGCCCUGAAAUGCCUUAUAAGCCUCUCCACCGUCAUCCUGCUGGGCCUCAUCAUCGCCUACCACACCCGGGAGGUGCAGCUCUUUGUGAUCGACAACGGAGCUGACGACUGGCGGAUAGCGAUGACGUACGAGCGCAUCCUCUACAUCAGCCUGGAGAUGCUGGUCUGUGCCAUCCACCCCAUCCCCGGGGAGUACAAAUUUUUCUGGACAGCUCGCCUGGCCUUCUCCUACACCCCAUCCCGGGCAGAGGCCGAUGUGGACAUCAUCCUGUCCAUCCCCAUGUUCCUGCGCCUCUACCUGAUCGCCCGGGUGAUGCUGCUGCACAGCAAGCUCUUCACCGACGCCUCCUCGCGCAGCAUCGGGGCGCUCAACAAGAUCAACUUCAACACCCGCUUUGUCAUGAAGACUCUCAUGACCAUCUGCCCUGGGACAGUGCUGCUGGUCUUCAGCAUUUCCCUCUGGAUCAUCGCCGCGUGGACAGUGCGUGUGUGUGAGAGGUACCACGACCAGCAGGAUGUAACCAGCAACUUCCUGGGUGCUAUGUGGCUCAUCUCCAUCACCUUCCUCUCCAUCGGCUACGGGGACAUGGUCCCACACACCUACUGUGGCAAGGGAGUCUGCCUGCUCACUGGCAUCAUGGGUGCUGGAUGCACAGCACUGGUGGUGGCUGUGGUGGCCAGGAAGCUGGAGCUCACCAAAGCUGAGAAGCACGUCCACAACUUCAUGAUGGACACACAGCUGACCAAGAGGAUCAAGAACGCUGCGGCCAACGUCCUGAGGGAAACGUGGCUGAUCUACAAACACACCAAGCUGCUGAAGAAGAUCGACCACGCCAAAGUCAGGAAGCACCAGAGGAAGUUCCUACAAGCCAUCCACCAGUUACGGAGCGUGAAGAUGGAGCAGAGGAAGCUGAGUGACCAAGCCAACACCCUUGUCGACCUCUCAAAGAUGCAGAACGUGAUGUACGACCUCAUCACAGAGCUAAACGACCGCAGCGAGGACCUGGAGAAGCAGAUCAGCGGCCUGGAAUCCAAGCUGGAGCAGCUCAGUGCCAGCUUCAACUCCCUGCCCCUGCUGAUGGCCGACAUGCUGCGGCAGCAGCAGCAGCGCCUGCUCAGCGCCGUGCUGGAGGCCAGAGGGGUGGCUGUGCCCGUGGGCACCCCCCCGACACCCCUCUCUGAGAGCCCCAUCGGGGUCAGCUCCACCUCCUUCCCCACCCCUUACACGAGCUCGAGCAGCUGCUAAAACACAGCCCCUGAGCCCUGCUGGGGACGGGGGAAGCGUUUCCACACGGAUCUGUGAACUUCCCUCUGGCCCUCGAGCCGCUGCAGGAGCCUUCAGCUGGAGCCAGUAGUGGGACCAGCAGCGCCCGAGCGCCGCUCGGAGCUUUGCCAACGCCUUGGUUUGGGGAAUUGCAUCCCUCUUCAGGUGCCUCUACACGUGGUGAAGGAAGGGGACGGAAGGUGAUGCCUUGGGCCGGCCUGUGCCGCGGCGUCCGGUGGCAGAACGGGAAAAAACCCACGCUCAAUCUCAGGUCUUCACGUUUGAAAACAAAACAAAACAAACAAAACAAAACAAAACAAAACAAAACAAACAAAACACCGAGUCAGAAGCACUGAAGCAACGGAGACACCGGAGGGAGAGGUUUUUUCUCCCUGGGCCCCCUGCUCCUCUCAAGAUUGCCAAACCUCGCCAGGCAGGUGCCAGCGUGGGGAGGUUGGUGAUGAAGGCUCUGGCUGACGCUGCCCGUGCUCCAUUCCAUCUCCUAGCCACAGGACAGCCCCCUCACGCUGACAGCUGGGUGACAAUGUCUGACUGUGACCUUCCUGUGGAGUUCUCUGGAGCUGUGAGUGUUUUCUACCCAGAGAAGAACAAUGGACGCUUCUUCUUUCUGGUCCUCAGUGUCAUAUUCUGCCUGGAGACAAUGCCAGAGCCAGGAAAGCAGUGCCUACAGCGUGCAGGGCCGCGCAGGGCUGUCCCCAGCCCACGUGUUGGUGGCCAGGGAUGGGGCUGGCAGGCCAGCUCGGGCACUGAGGGGGUCUCCAGGUGCUCACAUCACUGCCUGCUGGGAGCCUCCCAGCAUUCUGCAAAGCCAGUGGGCUCUUUGCAGCAGCCUCAGAAGUGCUGGAUGAACACCCCAUCAGCUCCAACUGUCUCCACUCGUGCUGGGAACAUCCAUGCCUGAGCCCAGCUGGCAAUGUCCAAUCCACCAGGAUCAAGCAGGAGCUCGCUGGCAAGUGAUGUGGUAGCAGGGGCAGGUGCUUCAUCUGUUUAAAACAAAGCCCACGGCCUUCAUGCCACUUCUGCUGGGUUUGGUGGAGGGCAGCAGCACUCUCUGGCACCGUCUGGCACAGGCACUGCUGCCCAUGCCUGCCAAAGUGCAGCACCUCAGACCCCAUUUUACUUUUUUGCUGGUGUUCAGCUUCCUGAGGUACCCUUGGCAUCACCUGGCUGCUUCUGGAACCAGCCACUUUCUGGUUUGCUUUCACCAUUUCUCCCUUUUCCCUCCUCAGUUCUGCCCCAGUGUCACGUUCUGGCUUUCCUGGAUCCUUGCAUGGAGCCAUGCCAGGCUCUGACUUUGGGGCUGCUGUUUGCUGCUUUCCACGAAAACUCAGCAGAGAGAAUAUUUCUAUAUUUUUUAAACAGAUGAAGUAACCGUGUAAUGACUCUGCAAUAUUAAUUACGCCUCACCCAGCAGUGUCAGUAAUUGUAAUCAGUCACUGUGUUACUCCAGGUAUACUCGGCCUGUAAUGCUCUCCUUUGUAACUCCUUCCCUUCCAUAAAUAAUGCUGGAUUUUGUGCA